CAGGCGUACGCUCACCGACCCCGCCCCCCUGCCGCCGCCGCAGGAGCCAUUUCUCUGUCCCCUCCAUGCAGGUUGUGGUGCGGGUGCCGUUUGUCUCGGAGAAAGGGAGGAACCGCGCACGGUCCUAAGAGGGCUGUGCUCCCGGGAACCAGGCAGCGGAAGCCGGUCUGAAGAAGACGCCUGAAUCAUGGGGGACGUUAAAAAUUUUCUGUAUGCCUGGUGUGGCAAAAGGAAGAUGACCCCAACCUACGAAAUUAGAGCAGUGGGGAACAAAAACAGGCAGAAGUUCAUGUGUGAGGUUCGGGUGGAAGGAUACAAUUACAUUGGCAUGGGCAAUUCCACCAAUAAAAAAGAUGCCCAGAGCAACGCUGCCAGAGACUUUGUUAACUAUUUGGUUCGAAUAAAUGAAGUGAAGAGCGAAGAAGUCCCAGCUGUGGGGGUGGCACCCCCUCUGCCCCCACUCACCGACACACCUGACAGUGCAGCCAAUACUGAUGGAGGAGGUUUGCCAACCCCCAUGGGAGGACCUCUUCCUCCACACCUGGCUCUCCAGGCAGAAAAUAAUUCUGGAGUUGGGGCCUCUGGCUAUGGUGCUCCUGGGCCCACCUGGGAUCGAGGAGCCAACUUGAAGGAUUAUUAUAUUAAAAAGGAAGAACAGGAAGUGCAAGCGACUCUCGAAUCAGAAGAAGUGGAUUUAAAUGCAGGGCUUCAUGGAAACUGGACCUUGGAAAAUGCUAAGGCUCGGCUGAACCAGUAUUUCCAAAAAGAAAAGAUCCAGGGAGAAUAUAAGUACACCCAAGUGGGCCCCGAUCACAACAGGAGUUUUAUUGCAGAAAUGACCAUUUAUAUCAAGCAGCUGGGCAGAAGGAUUUUUGCACGGGAACAUGGAUCAAAUAAGAAACUGGCAGCACAGUCCUGUGCCCUGUCACUUGUCAGACAGCUCUACCACCUUGGAGUGAUUGAAGCUUCCUCCGGACUUACUAAGAAGAAAGAAGGGGAGACGGUGGAGCCCUACAAAGUUAACAUCUCACAAGAUUUGGAGCAUCAGCUGCAAAACAUCGUUCAAGAGCUUAAUCUUGAGAUCCUACCCGCACCUGAUGAUCCUGCCGUGCCCGUCUUACUUAGCGUCCGCAAAUUGGCCCACUUCGAGCCAUCUCAGAGGCAGAACCAAAUGGGAGUGGUUCCCUGGUCACCUCCGCAGUCCAACUGGAACCCUUGGACUAGCAGCAACAUUGACGAGGGGCCCCUGGCUUAUGCUACUCCAGAACAAAUAAGCAUGGACCUCAAGAAUGAAUUGAUGUACCAGUUGGACCAGGAUCAUGAUUUGCAGGCUAUCUUGCAGGAGAGAGAGUUGCUGCCUGUGAAGAAAUUUGAAAAUGAAAUCCUGGAAGCAAUCAGUCAAAAUUCAGUUGUCAUUAUCCGAGGAGCUACUGGGUGUGGUAAAACCACACAGGUUCCCCAGUUUAUUCUCGAUGACUAUAUCCAGAAUGACCGGGCAGCCGAGUGUAAUAUUGUCGUGACCCAGCCCAGGAGAAUCAGUGCCGUGUCGGUGGCAGAGCGCGUGGCCUACGAGAGAGGAGAGGAGCCCGGGAAGAGCUGCGGCUACAGUGUGCGGUUUGAGUCUAUACUGCCCCGCCCUCACGCCAGCAUCAUGUUUUGUACUGUAGGUGUGCUCCUGAGAAAACUGGAGGCAGGCAUCCGCGGGAUCAGUCACGUGAUUGUGGAUGAGAUACACGAACGAGAUAUCAAUACAGACUUCCUUCUAGUAGUGCUGCGCGACGUGGUUCAGGCUUAUCCUGAAGUUCGCAUUGUUCUCAUGUCUGCUACUAUCGACACCACCAUGUUCUGUGAUUAUUUCUUUAGUUGCCCCAUCAUUGAAGUUUAUGGGAGGACUUUCCCAGUUCAAGAGUACUUUCUGGAAGACUGCAUUCAGAUGACCCACUUUGUCCCUCCGCCGAAGGACAAGAAGAAGAAGGAUAAGGAUGAUGACUGUGGUGAGGAGGACGAUGCGAACUGCAACCUGAUCUGUGGCGACGAUUACGGCCCAGAAACGCGAAUGAGCAUGGCUCAGCUGAAUGAGAAGGAAACGUCUUUCGAGCUCAUCGAGGCCCUGCUGAAGUACAUCGAGACCCUCAACGUCCCUGGAGCCGUGCUGGUCUUUCUGCCGGGCUGGAAUUUGAUUUACACUAUGCAGAAGUACUUGGAAAUGAAUCCACACUUCGGAAGCCAGAGGUAUCAGAUCCUGCCUCUGCAUUCUCAGAUCCCUCGGGAGGAGCAGCGCAAAGUGUUCGACCCGGUGCCGGUGGGGGUGACCAAGGUGAUUUUGUCCACGAAUAUCGCUGAGACAAGCAUCACCAUAAACGAUGUUGUCUACGUCAUUGACUCCUGCAAGCAGAAGGUGAAGCUGUUCACUGCCCACAACAAUAUGACCAACUACGCUACAGUGUGGGCGUCCAAGACAAACCUGGAGCAGCGCAAAGGGCGGGCUGGCCGCGUGCGGCCGGGGUUCUGCUUUCACCUCUGUAGCCGAGCCCGUUUCGAGAGACUUGAAACUCACAUGACACCAGAGAUGUUCCGAACACCAUUACAUGAAAUUGCUUUGAGCAUAAAACUUCUGCGUCUGGGAGGAAUUGGCCAGUUCUUGGCCAAGGCAAUUGAACCUCCGCCUCUGGAUGCUGUGAUUGAAGCAGAGCACACUCUGAGAGAGCUUGACGCGUUGGAUGCCAAUGAUGAGUUGACUCCUCUGGGAAGAAUCCUGGCUAAACUACCCAUCGAGCCUCGUUUUGGAAAAAUGAUGAUAAUGGGGUGUAUUUUCUACGUGGGAGAUGCCGUCUGCACCAUCUCCGCCGCCACCUGCUUCCCGGAGCCUUUCAUCAACGAAGGAAAGCGACUGGGCUACAUCCAUCGGAACUUCGCGGGAAGCAGGUUUUCUGAUCACGUGGCCCUUUUAUCAGUGUUCCAAGCUUGGGAUGAUGCUAGAAUGGGUGGCGAAGAAGCAGAGAUACGCUUUUGUGAGCACAAAAGACUCAAUAUGGCUACGCUGAGAAUGACCUGGGAAGCCAAAGUUCAGCUCAAAGAGAUUCUAAUCAAUUCUGGAUUUCCAGAAGAGUGCUUGCUGACGCAGGUGUUCAAUAACACCGGGCCGGACAACAACCUGGACGUCGUCAUCUCCCUGCUGGCCUUCGGCGUGUACCCCAACGUGUGCUACCACAAGGAGAAGCGGAAGAUCCUCACCACGGAAGGGCGCAACGCCCUCAUCCACAAGUCGUCGGUGAACUGUCCUUUCAGCAGCCAGGACAUGAAGUACCCGUCUCCCUUCUUUGUUUUUGGUGAAAAGAUUCGAACCCGGGCCAUCUCUGCUAAAGGCAUGACCCUAGUCACCCCCCUGCAGCUGCUUCUCUUCGCCUCCAAGAAAAUCCAGUCCGAUGGGCAGAUCAUGCUGGUGGAUGACUGGAUCAGGCUGCAAAUAUCUCAUGAAGUUGCUGCCUGCAUCACUGCCCUCCGCUCGGCCAUGGAGGCCCUGGUUGUGGAGGUCACCAAAGAGCCCAGCAUCAUCAGCCAGCUGGACCCUGUGAACGAACGCAUGUUGAACAUGAUCCGCCAGAUCUCCAGGCCCUCGGCCGCUGGGAUCAACCUCAUGAUCGGCAGUACACGGUACGGAGAUGGCCCGCGUCCUCCCAAGAUGGCCCGAUACGACAAUGGAGGCGGAUAUAGAAGGGGAGGCUCCAGUUACGGCGGUGGAGGCUACGGCACUGGCGGCUAUGGCAGUGGGGGCUACGGCGGCGGCGGCGGCGGCUAUGGUGGCGGAGGCUACAGAGGUGGCGGAGGCUACGGUGGUGGAGGCUACGGGGGCAGCGGCUAUGGUGGCGGCUCCAACUUUCGGGGAGGCUAUAGAGGAGGUUCCCGAGGUGGCUACAGAGGGGGUGCAGGAGGAGACUACAGAGGGUCCGGAGGGUUCCAGCAAGGAGGGGGCAGGGGGGGGUAUGGGAGUGGCUACUUCGGGCAAGGAAGAGGCGGGGGUGGCUAUUAAGCUUGGUUACAUUGGUGCCCAUGCGUAGGCAGUAGACGACAAAUGCAUGUGACCUGUUUUCCCAAGUUGUUUAUUUGCUGUUAAUAAGUAAACCCACUUCCCCCGUUCUGUGCUUCAUUGUAGCUUAAGGAAACCAAGCAUAUAGAUACAUUAGUGAUUUUGUUUAUAUUAUGUAAAAUAUACUCUAUUACUAAAGUACCACAGUUUGUAUUUUUUUUUCUUUAAGGAUUAAAGAUUUGCCUUUGAAAUUAACUUGAUAUUUUCUUGACUUUAGUUGAAUACAAUAGAAAAUAAAGUAUUAGCUGAACACUGGCAGUGUAAUUAUUGAUCUUACACAGAAUAAUUUUACAGUGCCAGUGACACCUGUUAGUUUUUAAAUGUCAGAGGAAUAACGGUGCUGUUUGAAAAAUGUCUUGCAAAAAAUACUGGCCAGUAAGUAUACCAUUCAUGUGGACCACUGCGUCUGAAUGAUAAGACUCUUGACCUGGGGCUGAACAUUUUGGCUUUUCCCCAAACUUUGUCUUUGAAAAAUGUAAGGCCAGCGUCAGCAUUCUCUAAGUUUCCAAUGCAAAAGUUAAUUACAAUUCGAAUUAAAAAUUAACCUACAAAACUCUUUAAGUUUAUAUUGAGGCAGAGAAUGAAGGUAAGCUUCACCAGUGCAUGAAGUUUAUGUAUUUGACAUUUAACUCCACCUACAUUAACGUGCAUGUGUUUCAGCAGAUACUUGUUAAGGCAGUUUAUCUUAACAGGGAUGUUUAUAUACUUAUAACACUUGACAGUUUCCAAUGGAUUUUUACAUAUUUUUAGUAGAGAUUACACAGGCUUUAGAUCAAACAGAACCUGGGCUCAUACAAUAAAGCUGCUUUCUGACA